UAAAAAUAUAUAUACUAUUAUACUAUGUUUGUGAUAAAAGGCCUUUGAUGCCAUAAAUUGAUGGCUGCUUUUUAGCUUCUUUGAGGUCAAGGGUUUCGAGUCGACAGCGAUCACAAAAAGGCGAUUUUUAUCUCAGCUGUUCAAUCGAUUUCAGGAUUUUUGAAAAGUUGAUUGUUCUUCAAAGUCUCAACUAGUAUAGUUUUCAACUGGCAUUCAAGGAAUAUGGACCCAGACCCCACCUGUUGGCUGAGGAAAACAAAAGGAAGAAACACAAGCACGGACUUGUCUUAUGCGUGAAAUCACUCUGGAUAUAUAACUAUUUCUUUGCAAAUAUAGCACUAUUAACUUGAGCUAUGGGAAAGAGGAAGUCAAAAUCAAAGCCACCUCCAAAGAAGAGGAUGGACAAACUUGACACUGUUUUCAGCUGUCCUUUCUGUAGUCAUGGCACCAGCGUGGAGUGUCGCAUUGAUAUGAAAAACUUGAUUGGCGAGGCAAAUUGCAGGAUCUGCCAAGAGAGCUUCAGCACCACUGUCACAGCACUAACAGAGCCUAUUGAUAUAUAUAGUGAAUGGAUUGACGAGUGUGAACGAGUCAACAACUACGAAGAAGAUGAUGUUUCCUACAAGUUAGAUCCGAAUGAAUGAUCUGCUUCAAGAAUGUGCAGACUGUUGAGUAGCCAGAAAUGAAUUUAAAGCUGCCUUAAGCUUGACUAAGGUUUUGGCAAUUAUUCCGUCGCACUGCCUAAGAACCUAAACUUAUCCAGGCCUACUGGAGUCCAAUAAGUAGCUCCAUUUAAGAGGCUUUCUAUGUCCAAAUAGUUUGAAACAGUCAGUUGCUAUCUUGUUUAUGUUUUGCUCCUGCAAUUAUAGCUUGUUUAUAUGAGACUGCCUUAAUGAUGUGAACCUAAUGUUAAGUAGGUUUAUUUAUCCUAUUACAUGAUGCCUAGGUACAUGUUAAGCCCUUCAUUACCCUUAGUAAGGGAUGUAAAAGGAUACCUCUUC